UGUUUACGGCAUGUUUACGGUCAGACUGUCAGUGAUUGUGUUGGCUAACGUGGGUGGCUAGUUGACAGGAGACGAACAACAAGCAGGCGGCAAAAAGCAACUGAUGAAGAUUGAGAUGAGCGGAAGUUUUUUAUCUGAGGUUCUCCUAUCUGCAGAGGAGGCAGAGAUAAAAGACCUGAAUAUCAGUAUUGAUAAUGUAUCAAUGAAAGUACAGGACCUGAAGACUGAAGUUAAGAAGGUCAUAGAAGAAACAUGUCACCUUCUCCCAUCAGGAAAUGAGCAACUUGUCAGUCAAGCUGAGAAACUGAAAACAAACAUGAAAAAUAUUUAUGAAAGGAUUGAGAACCAGCAUAAAUUUCAACUACAGAAUUCAACUGGAGAGCUGAAAAGAUUGUCAGAAAUACUUCAAGAAACUAAUCUUUCUCUCCAGUUUGUAACUGAACUAAUAGACAUAGAUGUGGCACUGCAAACUUGCUGUGAACUGCAAGCAAAAGGAGAAUAUUUAAAAGCAGCAGAAAGAUUAAGAAAACUUGAAUCUUUCUUCCAAACAAGUCAUGAACAAGAACUGGAGAUCAUAAAGGCUUUGUCAAAGGAACGAAUUUUAUAUCUUGAGAAAUUUCUGUAUGAUUUGCGAGAAAUAUGGAAGUUGUGCAUAAACAUAAGUGAGACAGAAGUGGAGAAGAACCGGCAGAUAUUGUUAAAAGUAAACAUUUCUCGUUUAAAUGACAUAGAGCAAAUGAUGAAGGCCCUUGAUUAUCUGGAAAAACUUGAGUUUUCUUUCAAGAAAUUGGCAACGCUAAUACAAAAAUCAAUUUUGGAGCCUGUCAUCUUAAAUGAAUGUUUUGUAGAAACAUUCACUGAUGAGAAACAUGCAGUACUAGAAAUACAGAUGAAAGGUGGCUCAUCCAGGCCAAACUAUAAACUUGUUUUCAGAAAUCUGAUGGAGAUCUUCUGUUUUCUAGAAAAAUAUUUAAAUGUUGAAAUAAAUAAGAAUUUCUUUGUCUUGAAUAAACUUGGUGAUAUGAUAUGUGCAGAGUUUACUGAAUACCUGAUCAAAAAUUCUCUCUCACAUACAAUACCAUCUCAUAGUGAAGAGUUUGCUGAUUAUGAUAAUGUCAUUAAGGCUGUUGAAGAAUUCCAGGAAUAUGUUAUAAAAAUAGGUUUCUUUAAGGAUACGGCAAAUUCAAUUUUGAACUAUGCUAAAAAUGUUGAUGUUUUAUUUGCAAACAAAACUUGUGAAACAUAUUUGGCAAAGGCACGAGAAAUAAUGAAACAGGAUUUGCAUGAAAUGAUUGAAGUUGGACCUUGGGUCCCAUCUCAGACUCUUCAUAUUGAUAGUGUCAACACUGCGAUGGAUUUACUGCCAGAUUUCAAAUUGAGCAAGUAUUCAUUUCAAUUCCCACAGUGCAAGAUAAGCAAAUCAACUCAAGAUGUUUUAAAGAUUGUUUUCGAUAUACUGGAGGAAGCAACACAGCGCACUGACUUCUGUGCUGUGAGGCUGUUUUACACUGCAAGAAAUGUUUUUGAAUUGUAUCGAGCUGUUGUUCCAACAUAUCAUGCAAAGUUCUUGGAAACAAUUCCUCAGCAAGUUGCCCUUUUCCACAACAACUGCAUGUAUUUAGCUCAUCAUCUUCUAACACUUGUCCACAGUUACAGAGACAGGCUACCAAAAGUUCUGGGAAGCCAUUUUGUAACAUUUGUUGACCAGGUACCUAAACUACGUGAACUGGGAGGCACUGUAUUCCUUAAAUACAUGCAGAGCCAACGAAAACAGAUUCUGGAGAUUCUCAGAAGCUCAGGUCUGACUAACCUUGGUGAAAAAUGCAAACAAGAUCCAAAUGUAGAAAAAUCUAUAAGACAAUGCUUGCGACAACUUGAGUUGCUACAGAAGGUUUGGAAUGGUGUAUUGCCUACAAAUGUGUACUGCAAAAGCAUUGGGUGCCUGGUAAAUGCAUUCAUAGAGGAGAUCAUCACCAGAAUUUUAACAAUUGAAGAUAUUCCAGCUGAAACUGCUGUCAUGCUUGUGAGAGUGUUUGGUUUAGUAACAGCUAGAGCACCACAAGUUUUUCAGGACCCAAAGGAAGUUGUUAGGUAUGUGAAGCUGUGGCUGCGUUUUCAAGAACUUGCUAUUGUCCUGGGAGAGAACUUGAAGGGUAUAGAAGCUAGAUGGUGUGAUGGGAAAGGUCCAUUAGCUCAUUACUUUGCACCAGCAGAAGUGAAAAAGUUGAUACGAGCACUCUUCCAAAAUACUGACAGGAGAUCUGCUGUACUUGCACAUAUAAAGUGAUAUUCUUUCAGACGCAGAGGAGUUGCAAGAAGUAUAUGGUGCAAAAUUUGAAAUUUAAAGGACUUUGUAGACUGAAAUUUUACUGUAGAUACAGAGGACAAUUAAUUAAAAUAUAUAUUUUUAUAAUUUUCA